ACGCUAGAAUCUCGACUGAUAUUUGUUACGUGUGAUAACCAACUCCUUUUCAUUAACCAUCCGACUGCUCUUUCUGUUAGUUUUUGUAGUACAAUUCAUGGAUUUUUUAUUUCUGCAGAAUCAAUUCUAGACUCACUUUAAAUUUGUAGAGUUAAUCCAGCUACAUGCUGCAAGACCUGGAAAACCAUGAAGAGGCUGCCCGUAAGACUAGGUGGAAACACUGUCUUCGACUGGUCGCUGCAUACCUUUUCUCCGACGUCGGUGUCUGCGGACUGGCAGUGAGCUACGCCAUGCUGGGCGCCUUAGUAUUUGAGGCACUAGAAACUCGCCACGAACUGGCUGAGCGAGAGCACGUACGACAGCAUCGAGCAGACUGUAUGAGGGAUUUAUGGAGGAUCACUAACAAGCUGAACGUACUCUACGAGGCGAACUGGACCCUUGCAGUUGGCGGGAGACUCCGAGAAUUCGAACAAACUGUAGUCAACGCGGUGAGGAAUGAGGGGUACGAUGGAAGAGAAGUGGAAGCCUUAGAACUUCAGUGGUCUUUCCCAGGGGCACUACUGUACUCUCUAACAGUUAUCACAACAAUUGGUUACGGGAACACUGCACCCAAAACGAGCCUUGGUAAAGUGUUAACCGUCCUUUACGCCACUGUUGGAAUUCCCCUGAUGUUCCUUUGUCUUCUCAAUGCUGGCCACCUCUUUGCCAGGAUCUUCAAGUUUAGUUACUUCCACGUCUUGUGUGUCCAGUGCCGGCAGCGAGCUCGGAUAAGUAAAGUUCGAGAAGCAGUGAGGGUGAUGCUAUACAAACACUUUCCAGGCAACAGUUCAACCACUCGAAAUCAGCAACAGACUACUGAUGGGAACCUGGAACCGUCAGCCACCAGUCAACAGCUGAACGGUCAAGUCGAACAACAAGCGACCGACAGUGACCGAUUAUGUACUGAUAACGAAGAACUUGGUGUUACCGAUAACCUAAUAACUAGUGCAAGUGAAAAUGAAAGAUCGACAGCUGCCCAGUCUGUCGUCAGUAGUCGAGACAGUGACAGUAGUCGCCACGAGCUAGUGGAAGCUAAUGAUGUCGUUCUAGAAGAAUCGCUGACCGAUAGUAGUGACAUUUCUAUAGAAAGUCGUCUUCACAACACGAACUCUUCCUCGUUUCCUCCACCCUUCUCUGACCACACCAACCUAGAUGGUACUUGUCCAAACAAGGAAGACAACCCUCGACCAAAAGAAGAAGAACGGGUUCCUGUGUACGUCGUAAUGCUUUUCAUCACUGGUUACAUUUUUGUUGGAGCUAUCAUGUUUUCUGUAGGAGAAAACUGGAACUUUAUUGACGCUGUCUACUUCUGCCUUACGGCGCUGAGUACUGUUGGAUUCGGUAACCUCGUGCCAGGUUCUUAUGACUUUAACACACAAUCUCAGUCUGCCCAGACAAGACUAAUAAUCUGUUGUUUUUACUUGAUAUUCGGAUUAGCGGUCGUUCUGAUGUCUUACAAUCUAAUACAAGAGGAAAUAAUGUUGAAAUUUAAAAGAAUCUCUCGAAACCUCAAAAUUAUGCCUCAAAAUGAAAAAUCUUAAUACAAAUUUACCUCGAAGUCGUUAGGUAAUAUCAGUGACUUUGUUGUACUAUAUUUUGUCACGUUUGUAUUUUGUUUUUUAUGU